AUGUCUUCUCCUCAGGACCGCGUUCAGCACUAUGUCUCCCAACUUGACAAAGAGCUCUCCAAAUACCCCGCCCUGAACAACCUCGAGAAGCAGACCUCGGUUCCCAAGGCCUACGCUGUGCUCGGCCUCGGAGCCCUCUACUUCUUCCUGAUCAUUUUCAACCUCGGUGGUCAGCUGUUGACCAACAUUGCGGGUUUCGUGAUUCCAGGAUACUACUCGCUCGCUGCUCUCUUCACCACGAGCAAGACAGAUGACACCCAGUGGUUGACCUACUGGGUUGUCUUUUCUUUCUUCACUGUUCUGGAGAGCCUUAUCAGCGUUGUCUACUGGUUCCCCUUCUACUACACCUUCAAGUUCGUUUUCUUGCUCUGGCUGUCCCUGCCCACUUUCAAGGGUGCUGAGCUUAUCUUCCGCUCCUUCUUCGUGCCCACCCUCGGCCGCUACUUCAACUCGAAUGGCUCCACCGCCAGCGGCCUCCGCGCGAAGGCCGACUCCCUCCACACCGAGUAA